AUGCGCCGCGGAGCGCGCGGGCCCCGCUCGGCGGCCGUCGGGGCCCGGCCGAACCGCGCUCGAGUGGCCGCCGCUUCCGCGACGCGCCGCGAAAUAAAGGCGACGCCAACAUGCAUACGGUCGGACAUCUCACAUCUCACCGCGUUCGGCGGGGUGGUAGGGAAGGGUUUGUUUUUGGUCAAGAGGGGAGCACCAGCACACGGCACCAGCUUCCAUAGGCUGGGUGGUGGCUGCUUCUCAAGCUCACGG